UCCAAGUCCGGAAAAAAGUGAAAAGCGAUCGUGCUGGCAAAAAUUUAUAUGAGAAAAGUAUUAAUGCCUGUGAAUGUGAAAUGUUGUUUCUCUUAAUAUCCCAUUAGUAUUUGGGAUUGUUAAUUUUAAAAAUAACCAACUCUUUAGCGCAGCUCUCUUAAUUGAAGGAAAUGUUUACUCAAACAACAAGUAAAUUAUAUUUCAAGGGAGGGGUUCGGAUUGGAUCGGGUACAAAAAUAUAUAAAUAGUAGCAAUUAGUAAAUUUCUCUUUGAUCAGAGAUAUAGGCCCACAAGUAUUCGAAUACUUUCUUUCGCGAUCCAGAAUUAUGAACAUGAAUAGUUUUUUCUUUUUGAAGGUUCUACAACAAAACCGGUAGAGAAAAAUGUGAACAAAUUCUGAUUUAUUUAUUAAUUAUUAUUCACGUAUUAAGAUCGAAAGUGUUUAGUACAACAAACAAAAUGUUCGCAUAAGUUUUAUAUAAUUAAUGAUUAAACUACUCAUUAGUGAUAAUUUAAAAAAGCUUAAUGUGGAAAUGACAUGCAUGUAUUAAAGGGAGAGAUUUUGUUUAAAAAAUUGUGCUUACAAGUUAUGAUAUAUAUGUUGACGUAGGCUUUAAAUAAGUUUGAAAAUACUACUUACAUAAGUUUAAAACAAGAAAACAGCUGCAUUUGCUCAAAAAUCAUGCAUUGUGUACAGAAACGUAAAUAGUUGAAUUACUGUUUUAAUUUACAUACAUAAAUACGUAUGAAGUUUAAAGAGAGUUAUAUUAUUUGUUCAACUAUUACAAUGGUAAUCAAUCAUAACAAAAAUCGAAGAAAUUUAACUUUGUGUUUCACAAAAUGGGAUAAAGUGAAUUGUAUGGCAGUGCGGUGGAUUAAUAAUGAAUGAAAAUGCAGCUGAAAGUUUGCAGCCCACGUGGCGACUUUGGGGUGAGGAGCGUGAAAAGGAUGCAGUUUUUACAGUUUACCUUAAAAAAGUACGAUACCAUAGGCCAACACCACGCACCGGUAGUGACUCGGAUGAUGAAAUUUCUCAUUUGGAAUGGGAAACCGUAAGAGUCCGCUUCGUGAAAGCUGCAUCUUUAGCCCGAUUAGUUGAAGCCCUUGCCACGGAUGACGGUGAACUAGAGAGUACGUUCAUAAACGUAUUUCUGUCAACGUAUAGAACUUUUUCAACACCAAAAGAUGUUUUUGACCUUUUAGUCAAACGAUACGAUACUUUAACUGGAAAGCACGAGAUUCAAGUUGGAUCUAACAACAGAGAACAUGAUGUUUCGGUGUAUGAGCAACACAAACGAACCCUUGUCUCAGCAUUACACGUUUGGCUAGAUGGUUUUCCUGAAGAUUGGAAUGAAGUUAACUUGAGGCACAUAUUAAAUUUCGCCUCAAGGCGCCUUCCGAGAUCAGAUCUUCAUGUAAAAGUAUUGCAUCGUUUGGAACGAGUGUUACGUGUUCAAGCCCAAAUGAUUUUUUCGGAGGAAAACUCACCUUGGCCUGGAAAUCAUGAGUAUAACAGCUUUGCCGAACAGUUUUCUGGCCUUUGCUUAGCUCCAGCCUUUCGAGGACCAAGUCAUUUGCUUCAAGCGUAUCGUUUCCCGCACAUCGAUGUCAAGCAUUUUGCUGAACAGCUUACGAGAAUGGAUUCGGAACUAUUCAAGCGAUUGAUUCCUCACCAGUGCUUGGGAGCUACAUGGGCCCGGCGGGAUAAAAACGGUGCUGAGACUGUUGUAGCUACAGUAACACAAUUUAAUGCAGUGUCUUUUAGAGUAAUAUCCAGUAUAAUAAUUGAACCAAGACUUAAGCCUCAAGAACGAGCAUUAUUUAUAUCCACCUGGAUUGAUAUUGCACAGGAGUUAAGACUUUUAAAAAACUUUUCAUCUCUUAAAGCGAUUAUUUCAGGCCUUCAGUCUAAUGCUAUAUACCGCUUGUCAAAAGUCUGGACAGUACUUGCCAAAGAAAAGAUGGAAAUUUUUAGUGAACUUGCUAGAAUUUUCUCAGAAGACAACAAUGCGUGGGCACAACGUGAAGUUCUUAUGAGAGAAGGGACAGCUAAGUUUGCUGAUACCGUAGGGGAACACGACAGACAUUUGCAGAAAAUUAUUCAAAAGCAAAGUACCCAAACUUCACACGGGACAAUUCCAUACUUGGGGACAUUUCUCACCGAUUUGACGAUGAUUCAUGCCGCUAUACCGGAUCGAGUAACAGAAAAUAAUCUUAUCAAUUUUGAUAAGAAAAGGAAAGAGUUCGAAGUUUUGGCACAAAUAAAAUUGCUGCAGGGUGCAGCCAAUACAUAUAACCUCCGCGAAGACCCCAACUUCGAUCGAUGGUUUGCUUCAAUGUUAGUCCUGGACGAGCGAGAAGCUCAUGCCUUAUCAUGUCAAUUAGAACCACCAACAGAACCAAGAAAGUCAACUUCGACCACAUCCACGUCAUUAGGCCAUCGUAAGACUGAUUCCAUAGCUUCAAAUUCUAGUAGCGGUGCUGGUUCCCAGUUCUACUGUGAAAUAAGUAGUAGUUUUGGGGCUUCGAGGCAAAAUUCCAGACAUAAUUCUUUAGAUCGUGAUACUCAACCACCAAAUACAUCAUUACUCUCCGCAUCAAGUAGUGUUUCGAACCUAUCAGUUGGUUCGAGUAAUUCUGGAGGGCAAAAGACUGCGGGAGCUAACCCAAAAUAUAUGGGAAAUGAUAAAACUCAAAGUAAUGGAGUACCAUUGAUAAACGCACAGCUGGUGCAAUCAGCUGGUGAUAAAAACAAUAUUCCCGAUUUUUACAUAAUUCGAGUUACAUAUGAGACUAAUAAUAUUGAACUUGAUGGAAUAGUGCUUUAUAAAAGUAUAAUGUUAGGGAACAAUGAACGCACUCCUCACGUUAUUCGGAAUGCAAUGGUGAAACUAGGACUUGAGGGCGAUCCUGAUCGGUUUACACUGGCUCAAGUUCUCCCAGAUAAAGAGCUUGUAAUGCCGCAGAACGCAAAUGUUUAUUACGCUGUUAAUACUAACUUUAAUUUAAACUUCAUAUUGCGCCCUAAGAGAGAAGAGAGCUGACCGCUAGAAAACAAUAAACUCGUUCAUAAUUUUCGCUAGCCACGGAUUGCUACUCCAAUCUUAAUAUGUUUUAAGUUCAAAAAAUUAUUCACCUACUAUUAUUUAUACAUACAUAUUAUAUUUUGUUCCAAAGGAAGUAGCCGCAAAAAAUAAUGAUAUUAUUCGCUUUAAUUUAUUCAUAACU